GAAGACAGCCGAAACUUAGAGUCCUGAAUGGUCAUAAUAUUUGAUAUAAGAGUUGAGUUGUAGAAAUCAAGAUCCCAACGAGUGUUGUUUGUUUGAGCUUGACAGGCUUUGACAACAACGAAGAGAGAAAUCGACCAGUUUCUUUGCUUACUACACAGUUGAAGAAUGGCUUCAGAUCCAAAGAUUCACUCGUUUGAAGAGGUCGCAAAGCACAACCAGACCAAGGACUGCUGGCUUAUUAUUUCUGGCAAGGUUUAUGAUGUGACACCAUUCAUGGAUGAUCACCCUGGUGGGGAUGAAGUUUUGCUAUCCGCAACUGGAAAGGAUGCAACAAAUGAUUUUGAAGAUGUGGGUCACAGUGAUUCCGCGAGGGAGAUGAUGGAGAAGUACUACAUCGGUGAUAUUGAUUCAUCGACAGUUCCUCUGAAACGUACUUACAUCCCGCCACAACAACCUGCAUACAAUCACGACAAGACUCCUGAGUUUGUGAUUAAGAUUUUGCAGUUUCUCGUACCCCUCUUGAUCCUCGGCUUAGCCUUUGCAGUCAGACACUACACCAAGAAAGAGUAGACUGCACUAUCAAUAAAUUGUCGAGUGGUGAGUUGAUGAUCAGCAUUGCUCUAGUUCUAGGAAAAUGUCAUCGUUUGUUACAGUGUUUGUGUGUGCCAAAACUGAAUAGAAGUAUGGUCUAUCAAAGAUCAUGGCGUCUGAAUGUCUUAUUUGAACAAUUGUGUCAAUGGUCACAAAAUAAUAUUUAGGCUCGCUAUCAAUUCUUAUUUCCAUCGGAUCCUUGCUUUCGUUGUCUUUGUGUAAUGCAGUUACAACACUAAUAAAAUUUUGUAUCUAUUCUAGGGAAAUGAAUAGAUAUAUAUUUGAUA